AUGUUCAACAGUAAUGCACUUUACUUCAUUUCCGCUGUUGCCAAGCAACGGAGAAUUUUAUCGAUGUCUGACAUUACAUAUCCGUCAAUGGAUACAAAUAAUCUCGCACAAUGUCUUCUACGUGCAGAGAAAUCGAUCGAAUUUCUUCAGAACCAACAUUCAGCAACAUUAGCCGAUCUUCAUCAAGAAUUAAAUAAAUGGCAACGAAAGUACAACGAUCUUACGUUUCAAUUCACCCUGAAUAACACGGAGGUUAAUGCAUAUAACCAAAACAAAGCGCAUUCUACUAUUGAGCAAUUAGAGAAUGAAUUGUUACGAAGUCGAAAUCGAGUGAAAACUCUAAAUCGAAUUGUAGAAGAAAAAGAGAAACUUGUUAAUGAUUACAGAAAUCGUUUGCAAAUUCUUGAACAAAAACAAGCAUUAGAAUUGUAUAAGCAGCGUUCAGCAUCAAGCACACGAAACAGUCGUUAUUCCGCUCGCGAUAAACAAGAACAUAUAUGUCAUUGUAUACGUCUCGGUCAACUGAUUUUACCGAAUAAACCCAAAGCAUUUAAAAAUAUCGAUGACCAGCGACAUGUUAUCAGUCACACACGUUCAUCAUCGGUUACUAAUCGAACGAAUUCGAACCAUGAGAGAACAAAAACUUUAUAUAUUGGUCAACGUUCAUCACCAUCACAGCCAAUAGAUAGACAAACAUUACCAAAACAGCAACGGUAUUUGUUUGCUACUCCGAAUGAAAAUAUCGCAACGACUAAAAUCGUCGCGUCGCGAUCAACAAUGAAAUUCUCUACUAUUCUUCCACCUAUUACAAAUAAGAAAGCGCCACUCAAAGCAACAUUAUCCUGUGAAGGCGAAGCCUAA